CCCACCUCUGACACUCUUGCUGGAUGCUUCACCGAUACUCCUGUUUUGCCGACUCUCACUCGUCACUCGUCAAGUUCAACGUUGGUCAUAUCGCCCACUAAGCAGCAUAUCGUCAGGAUUCACGUGGCACGAUCGCUGCCAAGACUCGCCUGAUAAGCUCUCGAAUGUCAGUCAUUCUUGCGCGAAAAGCUUGUUCACCGACUGAACAAUUCAAAGCUCCCGAACCUGCUUCCUCAAACCUCUGUCGGUGGCUGCUCCUCUGAAUUUUCUUUCAACCCCGCCCUUUUGUUGUGCUCCAUGGUAGCGAGACUUUGUUCCUACGUCUAGCUGUCUUGGCUGUGAAGCCUAACCGUUAGGUACCCUACAUGUCUUCUUCUAUUAGGCCGGAUUCUUCGACAUCAUCGACAGCGCCCGCGGAUAAUGGACAGCAACUCGAGCCCCCGAUUAUCGAAGAUACCGAGCCGCUGGCGGACGUGGUUCGAAAGCUGUACAAUUUCAUAACCCUGGCCGUUUCUGAUGUGUCGUAUACAUUCGAGCAGCUGAGGUCUACUCCCCAUGGUCAACAUCUGAGACAUCUGAUUUACGCCUUGGCCGAGAACUCACAUAAUCCCUCCAUAAUUGCUGCUUUGAUGAUCUUAAAAUGGGAAUUCGAUAAUACCACUGAUGCCGACUGGGGUCUCAAUGAAAGUCGCGGAUAUGCCUGCGAGUAUGUUGCCUGGCAGUUCCUCUGCCAUCUCGAUCAACGAGAGACCAUUGAGUUCUUGCUGGAAGAGAUUCAGUUAUAUAAUCAAAGCAUUGUCUCCCUGGCCCAAGCGGAGCGAGGCACUGCAGGCUUUGCGGGUUCCGUUGAAGGACACAACAGACGAGAGAGCGAGACGAUACCAUUACUCCAUAGCUCUCCCCCGUCUGUUUACAACUUAUUCGGGGGUCGGAGUCGCGUAGGAAGCUCCUUUGCUAUGGAUAAUCAAGGCUCGUAUAGCUCCUCUCAGGAUGCACAGGAGCUGGAGAGGUUCUCCCUGUUCUUUGGUCUGAAUGCAUUAGAAAUUGCCACCAUCGCGCAUGCAAAGACAUUUCUGGGUCAGAAGGUGGUCCAGAGGGUCAUAGACAACAUAUGGAAGGGGGAGAUUGUAUUCUGGGACACAUUGAGCGUACACUCGACCAAACGACCGCAUUUCCUCGAUAAACGAACGGCAGACCCAUACUCACGUCUGAGGGUCCCCGUAUAUCGGAAAGCGUUCGAAGCUGCCUUCUUCGUAUCUUUUCUUCUUCUGUAUUAUGCGGUUCUUGUUGAAAGGAAGCCGACGGGCAUAGGGCUUUUCGAGACGCUGAUGUAUUUCUGGAUUGCCGCGUUUGCUUACGAUGAGUUCAGUGGCAUGGCAGACGCGGGUAUGCUCUUCUACCAGAUGGACUUCUGGAAGGUGUGGAACAUGGGUAUCAUAGGCACAGGACUGGCCUUCGUCAUCACAAGGAUUAUCGGUCUGGCCCAGGAGAGUGACUACAUCACGGACCUAUCAUUCGACAUUCUAUCCCUGGAGGCACUGUUUCUGGUUCCACGACUAUGCUCGCUGGUGAGCCUGAACUCUUACUUUGGAAGCCUGAUACCGGUUUUGAAGGAGAUGACCAAGGCCUUUUUCCGGUUCAUCCCCGUGGUAGUAGUGCUGUAUAUCGGGUUCUUGACGACAUUCACGAUGCUGGCGCGCGACCGCCUUUCUCUCAGGCAAAUGUCGUGGAUUUUGGUGAAGGUGUUCUUUGGGUAUGGCGGUGAAAGCCCCCCGGUGUCGACCGCUCUUUGA